AUGAGCAAAGGAAGAAUCAUAGAUACUGGAGUAUAUGUUAAUUUUGUUGUGAAGAUAACAAUUACUAUUGGGUCUGCAGAGACAAUAAGCCCACAAGCUGCAGAGUAUAACAAUAGAUUGAAGCCCAAAGAGAAUGAAGAGAUAGAGAAAGGAAGAAGAAUAGGAUCAGAGCCACCAAGCUGUGAGAAGAAAUGCUAUGGAUGUGAGCCAUGUGAAGCCGUCCAGUUCCCUACCAUUUCUUCAAUUCCUCACCUCUCUCCUCAUUAUGCUAACUACCAGCCUGAGGGUUGGAGAUGCCACUGUGCUCCUUAA